AAGGCAUUGUUAAUCGAUCGACGUUUCCAGACCUCUGCAGCCUCUGUGGGUUCAGCUGUAUUCGCAGCCUCUGCUAGACUGUCACAACCGCUCGUCCUUUGCAGAAAUGGCAACAACAGUGACUCUCAACAACGGUGCACAGUGCCCCAUUGUCGGACUGGGGACGUGGAAGUCUAGAGAAGGCCAGGUCACAGAAGCCGUGAAAGUCGCCAUCUCUGCAGGCUACAGACACAUCGAUGGAGCCUUUGUCUACGAGAAUGAGACAGAGGUAGGAGAGGGUAUCCAUGCCAUGAUGAAGGACGGUGUCGUCAAGAGAGAGGAUCUGUUCAUGGUCAGCAAGCUGUGGUGCACUUUCCAUGAAAAGCACCUGGUGAGGAAAGCUUGUGAAAAGACUCUCAGUGAUCUCAAACUGGACUACCUUGACCUCUAUCUAGUGCACUGGCCGAUGGGUUUCAAGUCUGGAGGUGAGGAUUUUCCUUUGGACAGCGCAGGAGAGGUGAUCAGCGAUAAUACCUACUUCCUGGAGACAUGGGAGGGGAUGGAGGAGCUAGUGGACGCAGGUUUGGUCAAAGCUAUUGGUGUGUCCAACUUCAACAAGGAGCAGCUUGAAGCCAUCCUCAACAAGCCUGGCCUGAAGUACAAGCCUGCCAACAACCAGAUUGAGUGCCAUCCAUACCUGACCCAGGAGAAGCUGAUCAACUUCUGCCACUCUCAGGGCAUCUCAGUGACAGCGUACAGCCCCCUGGGCUCUCCAGACAGACCCUGGGCUAAACCUGAAGACCCCUCACUGCUGGAGGAUCCGAACAUUAAAGCCAUCGCUGAGAAGCACAAGAAGACGUCUGCUCAGGUUCUGAUCCGCUUCCACAUCCAAAGGAACGUGAUCGUGAUCCCCAAGUCAGUUACACCUCACCGCAUUCGGGAGAAUUUCCAGGUGUUUGACUUUGAACUCACCGAGGACGAAAUGAAGAUUAUAUUAGGGUUCAACAGGAACUGGAGAGCCUGUCCCAUGCAAUGGAGCUUGAAACACAAGGACUACCCAUUCAACACUGAGUUUUGAAAGGAAAAAAACACUGAUUUUCCACAGGUUUACAGGGUGCUUGGGUCUGGGUUUCUGCCCUUUAGGCUGCUCACUUUGCUGUUCUUUGAGUAGUUUGAAAAAAAUGUGGCCUUGAA